AUGGCGAGCGCGGCGGCGACCCACGGCGUGGACCCCUCCUAUAAGUGGAAGUGGCUGGAGGAAAGCGACACUAACCUCCUGAGACUCAACGACCUCCCUGCAGGCUUGAAGCUGGGGGACUUGUUGGUUCGCGUGGACGGCAAGCGCCGGCUCACCAUCACCGACCGGCGCAAGCCCACGCCCAGCGGCAAGGCGCUGCGGCUCAACAAGACGACGUUCCAGCUGCCCAAGACGGCCAACCCCGACACCAUAACCGGCUGCUUCGUCGACGGCGUACUCACGCUCACCGUGCCCAAGGCCAAGGGGCAGUAA